CUCGUGACUGACCAUUUGACUCAAUUUAGAAAGGCACGUGAUUAUUCUUCUCUAAAACUAGGAUGUGAGUUUUAAAAAAAGCAGCACAGCUGCAAGCGAAACAGCAAACUAAUAUUUCUGGGACAUUAUACUGAGAUGAAGGAUUCUAUGCAGAUAAUCUUUCAUGUUUGGAUUCUGGGGUUACUUGUUCCUGAUAGCGCUCAUGGAAAGCAAGUGUGGCCAGUGCCUUACAAGAGACUUGACAGACGUCCAGGUGUGGAUCCAUACUGCCAGCCUUUAUACCCAUUCUGCCCCACUGGAGAUCCAGAUGGUCGGAUACCCUACAUGAGAGACUAUGACAUCAUCUCUGUGUUCAGACUGCAGACUCCCGUGUGGGAAUUCAAAUAUGGCGACAUCUUGGGAAAGUUUCAUAUCAUGCAUGAUGCCAUUGGCUUUGGAAGUGCAGACACUGGAAGAAACUUCACUGUGGAGUGGUAUGAGCUGUUUCAACUGGGGAAUUGCACUUUUCCACAUGAAAGAGAGGAGAUGAGCGCUCCAUUCUGGUGUAACCAGGGAGCCGCAUGCUUCUUUGAGGGCAUAGAUGACAUGCACUGGAAACAGAACGGUACUCUGGAGAAAAUAGGAGAGAUUUCAGGUGAGAUGUUUAAUGAGAUGGCUCAUUGGGUUCAGGAGGACAACGAAACUGGUGUUUAUUACGAGACUUGGACUGUGAAGUCGGACCCUGGAGCCAACGCCACAACAUGGUUUGAAUCCUACGAUUGUUCUCAGUUUGUGCACCGGACGUAUAAGAAAUUAACAGAGCUAGGUGCUCUGCUGUUCAGCAAAACUCAAACGAAUUACACAAAGAUCUAUCUGUACAGCGGAGAGCCUAUCUAUUUGGGAGAUGAAGCCAUUUUUACAGAUUCUUCUACGAAAGAUCUCGCCGCAGAUAUCAAGAAGUUCUAUCACUCGUUUCGCCCUCACCAAUCAGUAUUGAAAGUCAUUUUGAGUCUGUUUGAAGCUUAUGAAAAGAUGGUCCUGGAGAAGACCUUCUAUUUGUACUACAACUUUGAAUAUUGGAAACUACCAAUGAAAUAUCCCUACUUCAGAAUAACCUAUGAGGAGAUUCCUUUGCCCUAAUGACCAUAGUCUUUGCUGCUAAAUAAUGUCAGUUUUUAAUUUUUCUAUUUCCAUUUUGUAUGUUGGCAGUUGUCACUACCUAUAUGGUAAUUAACUAUGUUUACUAAAAAUAUUGCAAAAAAACUUUGGAAUAUUUCUCAAAAUAUAAUCUUGUAAUGUU